GGCAAGCAAUCACACAUCAAAUGAAGAUGGGAGAUGGGGGAGUGACCUACAGCACACGGCCUAACUUACUUUAUGACCUUUUAAAGCAGCUGCUCCAUGAGGACUCGUUUCCGAAGUACAAGGAGUACACAAGAUCAUAUGAAACAUUUGUGAAAAACUGGAUUAAGGAACAAAUCAUUACGAAAAUGUUAUCAGGUGAACAAAUGCAACAAUUGGAGACAGAACUCCUUCAUGAGACUGUAAAGAGAAUAACUGCCACGAUCACCAGCAUCUCCAAGGACAUGGACAUAGAGGAGUUCAUAAGACAGUUCUGCUCUGACCUUGAGGAUCAGCUGGUCUUCCCAAGAGAUGCCUUAGACGACUUUUGGAUUCUUAUCAACGCCAAGACAGACCAGUUUGUCAUCAACCUCAAGGAGUUCAUUGAGGGAAUGGAAUCACAUUUAACUGAGGGGUAUGCCAACAAAACAGGCAUCUCACACAUCACUGAAAUAAUUACACACCUGCCCUCUAAACCCCAUGAGCUGCUCUUCACCAGACUGUGUGGAUGUGGGGAACAGUGUCCCUUCUGUGGGACACCCUGUGAAGCAGGAGGUGAUAACCACAAAGAGCACUUCUCCAGCAUGCACCGACCUGAAGCUUUUGCACAGUAUAGAUGGAAUACCUCCAAGAAGCUGGUAAUAGACAUUUGUACAACUUUAGUGAUCAGUGAUACAAAAUUUAAGAAUUCAAAAACAGGUGAUAAAUGGCAUCCCUAUAAGGAGUACAGAGACAUCUACCCUGACUGGCAGAUCACAGGAGACUCGAGCAUGGAGGCCUCAGACUACUGGAAAUAUGUGCUGAUGAAGUUCAACAAUGAGCUUGCUGAAGCUUACAAUGCCCUACCUGCAGAUAUCCCAGAGGCCUGGAAAACACUGACAGCAGAGGGUGCACUGAGAAGCCUGAGAGAGUCAUUUAACAUGCAGUAAUGCAAACUUUAUAUAUCAUAUAUGGUGUUAGUAGACGUGACAUGUGAAUCAGGCCAGAAGGGAACCAUCACACAUGGCAUCAGUGAUGGGGGAACAUGGAGAAUGUGCUCAAGAUUAAUCAAGUCAGAUGUUGGGGAUAUUAAUCAAUAUGAUCCUUAAAUUAAACAACAUGACUAAAUGAGUUAAAACACAUACGUCAUCAGAAUGACCAUCUUGAUUAUUAAGUCUUUCUUGUCUUUAAGAUGUUGAAUAAUGAGUGAUGUGUUUCCCUUCAGUACUAUUGGGGGAUUUUGAGAACGCUGAUAAUUUGGUUCAGUUGCUUGCAGUUAGUAGUUCGGAACCACACACACACACACAAUGCACAUACACAUACACACACACACACACAAUGCAAUUCCUAGUUCAGUACCUGAAUCUUUUCUAUUCUGUUCAAGAGGUUUCAUCAUGAAGUGAAUUAAUUACCUUUUAGACAUUUUCACUUUUUUAGUACAGGUUCAAAAUGAUUGUUAGAUUUGAAAUUAUCUUAAUUUUGUUUUGAGGUCACUUGUUAUUUGUUUGAUUUAUUAUUGUUACGUUAGUAUUAUGAAAUCAAUACAAUGGCCUUCAAUCAAUCCAAUUUAAUUCAUAUUGUGUAAUUGGCACCAAGUAUGCAUAUUGCCUUCAUAGAUACUAAUGUGUUUCUUUAUUCAUUGUGUUUGGGGCUUACUAUGGGAUGGCAGUUUAACCAUAUGGUGUUAGAAUAGCAGUUUAAGCGUGUGUUUCUAGCUAGCGGAAUGAGAGGUUAUUCAUACAGAACUCUUUGCUCUUUAAACUCUCCAGCUUUCUAUUCCACUCCAGUCAUAUUACAAAGCUGAUUCAUCUGCAGUGGUAUGUGAUUUAAUGACCCAGUUAACAAGCGUGUUGACUGACAUGUAUUCAUUGAUGGCACGGUGGCUCAGUUGCUUGCACUGCUUGCACUGCAGCCUCACAGCAAGAAGGUCAUGGG